GGUCGGACCUGUUCCUGUUCGGGCGAGAGGCGCAGAGGUGUGGCCUGCGAGUCGGCACAAGGCAGCGGGGAGUCAUUCCAGUCGGCCGGGCAAAACCACUCCCCGGGGCGGCAAUGUCACGCCUGUAGACGCGCUUCACAAAUUACUUCCUGGAUCUGGCAGCACGCUCCCAAGCCUCCGCAGCAGACGUGCCACCAGUAGCCGUUAGCAGACAAGAUGGCGUCAGGCGUGACCGUGGAAGACGAGGUCGUCAGUGUGUUCGAGGCGCUCAAGUUCAAGAAGAAGCUGAAGGUGGUUUUCUUCCGCAUGAGCGACGACUGCAAGAGCAUCAUCGUGGAUACGGAAAAACAGAUCAUGGCGGACGACAAGGACGCGUACGCCACCUUCAUCGGGAUGCUACCCCUCAAGGAGUGCCGAUACGCCGUGUACGAUGUGGCCUACAGGACCAAAGAGUCCAGUGACAAGGCGUCCCUGGUCUUCGUCUCCUGGGCUCCCGACGACGCUCCCAUCAAAAGCAAGAUGGUCCACGCCAGCUCCAAAGACUACAUCAAGAAAGAGUUGCAAUUGGUUACAGAGUGGCAGAUUACCGACCUGGAAGAGGCCAAAGACCUCCGAGGGCUGGCCGAGAAGCUGAGCGGGGUGGUGGUGUCCCUGGAGGGGCGGACGCCGUGACGCGAGCCGGCCGGACCCCCGACGGACGACGGCGACGACGUGACGUCCUCUCCAGCCCCUCAAGUGGAACCUCGUUUGUGACAUCAGGAAGCCACUCUGCAAUAAAAGCCUGUGGCGCCGC